AUGCGGCUUUCUUGGACGAGCGCUUUUGUGGCGCUUGGUGUGGUGGUGAGGGUGUGGGCUGCUGACGGCGAGGGAGUCGGACCGUUGAGUGUUCCUCCCAGUCAAUUCUUUGAUGGCAAUGAUGGAGCGUGGUCGACUUUCUUCGUGCAAGUUGGUACGCCGCCGCAAUCUGUGCGAGUUCUUCCGGGGACUUCUGCCUCUGCUGGGAGUACACUUUGGGUAGUCUUACCAGAAGGAUGCACCGAUGCGAAUCCAGGUCUGGAAGAUUGUCCAGAAAAUCGCCACAUCUUCACGCGAAAUGAAUCCCGGACGUGGUCGACGGAUUCCCUUGGAAAUGACGGGCUGUACACGCUCAACACGCUCGAAGAAGGCAAACUGGGACUUACAGGCAACGCAUUCUAUGGCUUCGAUACAGUGCAACUCGGGAUUGGUGGUUCGGACAUGCCGGUGUUGGAGUCGCAGCUUGUUGCUGGCAUUGCGACCAAUGACUUCUGGCUGGGUAGUCUUGGAUUGAGUCCGGUGCCAUUCAACUUCACCAACUUGAACGAUCCGGUUCCGAGUAUGAUGGGUACUCUUCGAAAUCAGAGUAAGAUUGCUGGUUCAUCCUGGGGAUAUACCGCUGGAGCUGCGUACCACGAUCCGCCAAUCUAUGGGAGCUUGACAUUGGGCGGCUAUGAUGCUUCACGAUUCAACGCCGAUCAGUCUUUGACGGAUAUUGGUUUCGGCGCGGACUUCUCACGAGACUUGGUGGUGGAGUUGCAGUCCAUCACUUAUAGCACACUUGGCAGCUCGCCUUUACUGGCAAGAUCCUCAUUCAUGUUUAUUGAUUCUCUUGUCCCUCACAUGUGGCUACCUACCAAUGCCUGCGAGGCGUUUGAAAAGGCUUUCAACCUCACCUGGAACUCCACACUGGAGUUAUAUCUGAUCGACGAUGCCGUUCACCAAGCCAUACUUGCUGAGAACCCGACCUUUACAUUCACGCUUGGAGCUGGAGGUACCAGAAACGAUACCACUGACAUCACCAUACCGUAUGCUGCGUUCGAUUUGGAGGUCUCGCAGCCCAUAGUGGAAAGCGGAUCUUCACGAUACUUUCCCCUUAAACAGGCGCAAAACUCCACGCAAUACACUCUGGGUAGAGUCUUCCUCCAGGAGGCGUAUGUGAUUGCAGACUUUGAUCGGCAGAAUUUCACAGUGGCUCAAGCACUGUUUCCGUCAACUUCUCAAGCGCAGGAACUUCAUGCCAUCUUGCCUCCCACAUCGAAUGAUUCAAAGGAGGAGUCAUCGUUGAGUGCUGGAGUCAUUGCUGGAAUCGCAAUCGGAGCUGUUGCCCUCAUCGCAAUUCUCAUUUUUGGAAUAUGGUGGACAUGCAGAAGAAAAAGGAGAAAGAGUCAAGCAGCACUGCUUGUACCCAAAGCUGAAAGCUCACCAGAAGAGAGGAAUGAAGGCCAAUAUCAUGACAUCAAAGACCAUCCCGAGCUUGAUGGCGGAGAGCCUCAAAGACAUGAAGUCGAAGGUCAAAAAUUCCAUCCACCGGAGCUAGAUGGUCAGAAAGUCCACCCACCGGAGCUUGAUGGUCAGAAGUUAUACCCGCCAGAGCUCGAUAGUCAAAAAGUCCAUCCACCAGAACUUGACGGUCAUGAUCAUCAUCGAUAUGAGAUGGGAUCUGAUGAGGAUCUGAGAGAGAGACCUCUUCAUGAGAUUGACGGGAGAGGAGUCGCGUAUGAAUUGGAUGCGUCUCCGGCUCGGUGA